AUGGCAGCCUGCUGCAGCUUGGAGAGCGUGUGUGAAUUCGAAACCAACAAAGUGAUACGCAUCUACAGCUUUUGGUACGGGAGCCUAAAGUGGACAAUCCAUUUUCUGGUUUUUCUCUACGUUAGUAUCACCCUGGUGGCUGAUCGACGCUAUCAGAAGAGAGAUUCGGUCAUCAGCUCGGUGCACGUGAAGGUGAAGGGGGUGUCCCAGACUGACAAAAGGGUUUGGGAUACAGCCGAAUACACCAUCCCUGGGCAGGGUGUGAAUUCCUUUUUUGUACUGACUAACAUCAUCACGACUGAAAAUCAGAUCCAAGGACUUUGCCCCGAGUUUCCUCUCCCCAAAGCAGUGUGUACUACGAACAAAAGCUGUAUGAAAGGCCGUGUAGACCCACAGGGUAAUGGCAUCCAGACGGGCAAGUGUGUGAAAUACAACAGCACCGUCAACACAUGCGAAGUCUCCGCUUGGUGUCCCGUGGAGUCGGCCAAAACCGCCCCAACGCCAGCCGUUCUGGACAGCGCUGAGAAUUUCACCGUGCUUAUAAAAAACAACAUCCACUUCCCACAAUUUAAUUAUACAACAAGAAAUAUUCCCCCAGAAUUCAAUAUUUCCUGUGUAUACAGCAAACACAAAGCCUCACUUUGCCCAAUUUUCCGUCUGGGAGAUAUUCUUGAAGAGGCAGGAGAGAAGUUUUCAGAGCUGGCCGUUCAGGGAGGCAUCAUCGGCAUCGAAAUUAACUGGGAUUGCAAUCUAGAUAAAUGGAUGCACCGUUGCAGACCCAACUACGGCUUCCGGCGCCUGGAUGACAAACGAACCAACGAGGCCUUGUACCCGGGCUACAACUUUAGAUUUGCCAGGUAUUACAAGCAGCCGGGUGGAAGGGAGGAAAGGACCCUGAUCAAAGCGUACGGCAUCCGUUUCGACAUCCUCAUCUUUGGCACGGCUGGGAGGUUCAGCUUCAUUGACUUGGUGGUGUACAUUGGCUCAGCGCUGUCCUACUUCGGCCUGGCUCAGCUAGCUGUGGAUUGUCUGCUCACUUCCUAUACGUCCAAAUCUGAUCCAGUGAAGGAGUAUUAUUACAAUAAAAAGUGUCAGACGGUGCUGGGACCAAGAUGGACUUUGUUUUACGUGACCUUUGUUGAUGAGUGCAACAUCCUAAUGAUCGACGAAUAUUUGAAGACCAGUUUACAGAACAUCAAGGGCAGGAUCAUGGACAAAUGCCAAGGCGAUUUCACGCAGUCUUCCCGAUUUCCAUAUUGGGACCGCACGGCCUCUCCCCAAAACUCACAAGAGCUGCAGCCCCUCCAAACCCGAAAGGAAGGUCCUCGCUUCCGUGAAUGUCCCUCUUGGUGCUGCUGUGGAAAGUGCCGGCCGGCAGACCCCUUUUGGGAACAGCUCUGCUGCCGAAAAACGGACGGGGCCUGCAUCGCCACUUCCCCUCUGUUUGAGCAACUCGUCCUCUCCCGAUCCGGGCUGGAGUUUGUUCUGCUCUACAGGGACCCCUUGUUGGAUCUGAGGGCUGGGGUUGCCAACCAGCCUUUUCGGCACUGUGCUUACGAGCGGUAUAUUCACUGGCGCUUUGGCGAGGGUGACUUGGGUGCCAGGGCUGUGAUCCCCAACUGCUGCAGAUGGAGAAUCAGAGAUGCUUUUCCGAGUGAGAACGGCGAAUACAGCGGUUUCGAGAAGAAGAAGUAACUAUUGGUUGCACUUCUGCGUUGCGGCCUUAAGGGUGGAUACACACGCGUGCCAAUUAAUCAGCUUUGCCUCCUGCUUUUCAAAAAUGGCCAUUUGUGGCCCUGCCAUCAUCUUUGCUCUUUAACUGGAUGAUGUUUUUAGACUAUUGAAUAAGAUCAGAGGACAGCAGAGUUUCGAUCCCAGCUCAGCCACGAAAAUCCCUGGAAGGCUUU